AUGUCGAAACUUUCUAAACUGCCUAAAGCACGAGACCUCAUGAAGAUGUACGGAAUACGCGCGCAGGAAAACCUAAGCCAGAAUUUCAUAUUUGAUAAGAAUGUAACUGAUAAAAUAGUUGCUAAGGCUGGUAUCAAACAGAGUGACUCUUUGGUUGUUGAAGUUGGGCCGGGCCCCGGUAUUCUCACUCGUUCUAUAAUAGACACCGGAGUCAAAAAUAUCGUUGCAGUAGAAAAAGAUAAGAGAUUUAUGAGCAGUCUAUCUCUGCUGUCAGAAGAGAGUGACGAUGUCUUGAAAGUUCUUGAAGGUGACAUAAUGACCACAGACCAUCAACAAUUUCUUCAAUAUCUGAAAGAAGCAGAUCACGAAGCUAUCCAUUUGAUUGGCAAUCUUCCAUUCAACAUAGCAACCCCGCUACUUAUGCAAUGGAUAUCAAUGACAUCUAAAAGGUCGGGAAUUUUUAGAAAAUCAAAUAUUACCAUGACCUUGAUGUUUCAAAUGGAAGUUGCAGAUAGAAUAGUAGCAGUCAAAUCAACGCCAUCCAGAUGCAGACUGUCAGUAAUGGUGCAGAGCGUAUGUGAGGCAAAAAGAGUUUAUCAAGUGCCAAGUAAAGUGUUUAUUCCAAAACCGGAUAUAAAUGCUGCUGUGGUCAGCUUGAAACCAUUGACAGAACCAAUGUUACAAUCUCCGAUAGAAUCGCUCGAACAAGUAUCCAGAUACUUUUUCAACCAGAAAAGGAAAACUAUUCGAGCAACCUUCAA